AUGACUCACGAUGAUGCCCCAGAACAACUCAUGUGGUCUGCAGAGGCACUUGAAUCCUUUGAAUUCAUCAAACGGGAGUUAAGAUCCUCCCCUGCCCUCGGGCUCCCCGAUUAUCGGUUGCCCUUCUCCUUGUUCAUACAUGAAAAUAAAGGAGUGGCCUCAGGUGUCCUCACACAGCCAUUCCGAGGAAGGAACAGACCAGUUGCCUAUUACAGCCUCCAGUUAGAUACCACUGCAAUGGGGAAUGUGGGGUGCCUCAGAGCGGUAGCAGCAGCUGCACUACUUUUAGAGAAGGCACAAGAAACUGUAGUAGGACACGACCUGACCAUAAACGUUCCCCAUGCCGUGGCCACCCUCUUUUAACCUACGGGGGUGCCAAUGUUUCACCAUACAGAGACUAAAUAGGUAUGAAGCCAUCCUCCUGAGCCCCUCAGACGUAAUGAUCAAAAGGGUAAAUUCCCUUAACCCAGCGACUCUCCCACCUCUCCCUGAUGAUGGGUCGCCACACCAUGAUUGCUCCCAAGUAGUUCGCCAUGCUGAAAAACCACAAGAGGAUCUGGACUACCUUCCCUUGGAAGAUCCGGACCUCGUCAUAGAUACAGAUGGGAGCUCCAAAGUAGUGGGAGAGGAGCGCAAAAGUGGUUAUGCAGUAAUAACUGAUACUGACAUUCUAGAAGCAUGCCCCAUUCAUGCCAGAUACAGUGCACAGGCAGCAGAACUAAUUGCCCUUAUCAGAGUCUGUGAAAUGGGGGCGGGACAAAGAAUUAUGAUCUACAUGGGCUCGAGAUAUUAUUUCGGACUGGUGCAUGCCACAGGUCAAAUUUGACUCCGGAAGGGUUUCUUAACAGCUGCAGGCGCAAACAUUGCCCAUGCAACUUUAGUCGAGCGCCUGGUGAACUCCACACACCUUCCCGCUGCCAAGGUGGUGGUGCACUGUAAAGCACACACAAAGGGAAAGGAUCUGAUCCCAGUCAGAAACCGAUGCGCUGAUCAGGCAGCACAGGAAGCGGCUUUAUGGCCCCUACCACCGGACAAUGGAUUCCAGGGAGCACAAUUACCUUCUGAUGUUGAUUUCGAACUAAUGUAUAAAACAGCGACUCCAGAAGAACUAGAGGGAUGGAGGGAACAGGGGGCUGUUUUAAAAGGCGGCAUUUGGUACCUCCCCGACAAAAAACUCUUGAUGCCGAGACUCUGUGUGCCAAAGCAUCUAAGAAUAUUACACCAAUGUACUCGUUGGGGAAGGGACAAGCUUGUGGAUAGUAUGAAACGCUGCUGGUAUGCGCCAGGACUAGCCCUCGCUGCAAAGGCUGCAGUUUAAAAUUGCCAUACCUGUCAUGCCUUCAACCCAAAGCACGCUGCCAGAACCCCACCGGGAGCUAGACCAUGGGCUUUUGUUCCAUUUGAAAGUCUGCAAGUGGACUUCAGGUUGUGGCAAAAGCCUUGUUACAUGAAAUCAUACCACCUUUCGGGGUCCCAAGGCACAUAGACAGCGACAGAGGAUCCCAUUUUACAUCGGAUGUGGUCCAACAAAUAGCCAAAGCAUUGGGAAUUUAAUGGAAAGUGCAUACUCCGUACCACCCACCGUCCUCCGGCCAGGUUGAAAGAAUGAACCAGCAGCUCAAGUCACAAUUAGGGAAACUUUGUAAAACCGCCGGAUUGAAGUGCGUCAAUGCUCUCCCCUUGGUACUACAUAACAUAAGAGGGUGCCCCAGGGGAAACCUGAACCUUUCUCCGUAUGAGCUACUCUUUGGGAGACCUUCCCCUGUGUACAACACCCAAUUUCCCCCUUCUGAACUAGAGGUGGGAGAAUCAGAACUAACUCAAUAUGUAAUCCAGCUCCAGAAGCAAUUGAUUACUCUCCACAGGUAUGCAGCUGGGAGUCAAAAUAUAUCCCUGGACGAGAAGAUCCACUCUUUCCAGCCGGGCGACUGGGUAUUGACAAAGACCUACCACAAGGUGCCGUUGGAACCCACCUGGGAGGGACCCUAUCAGGUAUUACGGACUACCCCCACUUCUCUUAAGGUAGCGGAAAAGUUGGCUUGGCUUCACCACACACGCUGCAAAGCUGCCCUUCCACCCACUGACGCCACAGACCAGGACGACAUCCCUACGAUCUACGCCACCCCACCACAACCCAGGGACGACAGCGAUUCCGAGGACCUCCCACGGACUGGACCAGUUUGGGGCACGGAUCGAGCCCAACAGACCGGACCAGUUCAGCAGACCGGACCAGCUCCACCUACAACAACGACCCACCGGACAUCCGAAAUACUUCCCACCGCAGACGAUCAAGGGAGACCCCCAAUUUGCCUCCUACUACGCAAAACAACACUGCUUUGA